CGCACGCGCACUUGCACGAGUGUUUUGACAGCUCCGGCCGAGGAGAAGGAGCAGGUGUCGCGAGAGCGGGCAGCGCGCCGCCUAGUGAGGGCUGUCAUUAUGGCGAACCUGGGAAGCGAGGCCGAGCGGGAGCCCCUCCUGAGCCCCAGCUCACCCGGAAGCAGAGAACAGGGUGUGAUAGAAACCCAAGAGCAUUACAAGAGUAGAUGGAAGUCUGUGAGGAUUCUCUACCUUACCAUGUUCCUCAGCAGUGUGGGUUUUUCUAUUGUGAUAAUGUCCAUCUGGCCAUAUCUUCAAAAGAUUGAUCAGACAGCUGAUGCAAGUUUUUUGGGCUGGGUUAUUGCUUCAUAUAGUCUUGGCCAAAUGGUAGCUUCACCUCUAUUUGGCUUAUGGUCUAAUUAUAGGCCAAGAAAAGAACCUCUUAUCAUCUCCAUCUCUAUUUCGGUGGCAGCCAAUUGCCUAUAUGCAUAUGUCCACGUGCCAGCUGCUCAUAAUAAGUACUACAUGUUGAUUGCUCGUGGAAUGGUGGGAUUUGGAGCAGGAAAUGUAGCUGUUGUCCGAUCAUACAUUGCUGGUGCUACUUCCCUUCAGGAAAGAACAAAUGCCAUGGCUAAUACGAGCACAUGCCAAGCCCUGGGCUUUAUUCUGGGUCCAGUUUUUCAGACUUGCUUUGCACUCAUUGGAGAAAAGGGUGUGACAUGGGACAUCAUCAAACUGCAGAUCAACAUGUACACAGCACCAGUUUUACUUGCAGCCUUCCUGGGAAUUCUAAACAUUAUUCUGAUUCUUUUUAUAUUGAGAGAGCAUCGUGUGGAUGACUUGGGACGUCAGUGUAAGAGUGUGAAUUUUCAAGAAGAAAAUGCAGAUGAACUUCAGAUUCCUGAAGGAAGUAUUGAUCAAGUUGCUGUUGUGGCUACCAAUAUUGUCUUUUUUGUGGUUCUGUUUAUCUUUGCUGUUUAUGAAACAAUCCUCACUCCAUUGACGAUGGACAUGUAUGCCUGGACCCAGGAGCAGGCUGUGCUCUAUGAUGGAAUAAUCCUUAUUGCUUUUGGAGUUGAGGCAGUUCUUGUUUUCAUGGGGGUGAAAUUACUUUCCAAAAAGAUUGGCGAACGUGCUAUUCUCCUGGGAGGAUUCAUGGUCAUAUGGGUCGGCUUCUUUAUCCUGUUACCCUGGGGAAAUCAGUUUCCCAAAAUACAGUGGGAAGAUUUACACAACAGCUCAACCCCUAAUGCUACAUUUGGGGAAAUUAUUAUUGAUCUUUGGAAUUCUCCAAGAGAAGAUCACAGUCAACAGCCAACUGGGUGUCCAAUUGAACAGGCCUGGUGCCUAUACACCCCAGUGAUUCAUCUGGCCCAGUUCCUGACAGCUGCUGUGCUGGUUGGAAUAGGUUAUCCAGCCUGCAAUGUCAUGUCCUAUACAUUGUACUCAAAAGUUCUGGGACCCAAACCUCAGGGUAUAUACAUGGGCUGGUUAACCACUUCUGGAAGUGCAGCACGGAUUCUUGGGCCUGUGUUCAUCAGCCAUGUGUACACUUACUUGGGCCCACGAUGGGCAGUCAGCCUUGUGUGUGGAAUAGUGGUGCUCACCAUCUUGCUAAUAGGAGCCGUUUAUAAAAGACUCAUUGCCUUUUCUGUCAGAUAUGGGAGGAUCCAGGAGUAAGCUAGCAGAGUCUAUGCUGAAUACUUGCUGCCUACUGUCUUCAACUCAACAUUGAAAAGCUUGACUUUGAAUGGUAGGAUGUGUAAAAACAUUCUGGGUCAUAAUCUCCUUAUCAAAGGUGAACUAUUUUUCUUAUCAUACCUUCCUGGAGUCCCAUGAACUCAACAGUGGUCUGUAGGUAUGAAACUAUGCUCAAUGUGAACUACAGGGCUCUGUCUAAAGCAAUGGACUGUGUAGUGGAACAGGACAAAGUUCUGUAUUAACCACAGUACAUUUAGUUUAAACAAUGUCUUUUUUUUUUUUUAAAACCCAGGCAGUGGUGAAGCACACCUUUAAUCCUAGCACUUGGGAGGCAGAGGCAGGAGUAUUUGUGAGUUCAAAGCCAGCCUACAGAGUGAGUUCCAGGACAGCCAGGGCUAUACAAAGAAACCCUGUUUUGAAAAACCAAAAACCAAACCAAACCAAACCAACUCCCCCCCCACCCCCCCAAAAAAAAACAAAACCAAAAACCCAAUAUUUCAUUUUUUAAAACUAAACAGAAAUAUUUUUUCAUUAAAGUUUUUUUUAAUAAAAAUGCAUUAUUCAGCUUCCUAAUGAAAUAAAACUGAACCUUAAAUUUACAGCCUGCCCACAACCUAAAGAUUAGGCUUUAGUUUUUCUUUCCUGCCCAGGGUGAAUCUAUUCUAUUACCUCCUCCUCAAAACUUGUAAUCCACAUAUUGAAACUUUUUCUAUUUUGAUUUAGAAUGACUCUAACCUAUGAGCAAGAGUAAUGCUAACGUCUGAGGAGAAAAAGGUUAAAGAGACAAGGUGGUCUUUACUACCCUUAGAAGGGCUACCUUCUUUUAAGUGCUAGUAAAUUCAUAUUAAAAACGUAAGUUAAAUGUGUUUUUUAAAAAUAUGGUAUUAAUAGCAAGUGGAUUCUUAAAAUUACUUUUUUCAAGUCCUUUAAACUCUAGUGCAAACUGACCUUUUAAUGCCCCUUGUCAGUUUGGACAGAACAGCUGUUUGCAAUCUGUCUGUAGACCCAUUCACAGCAGCAGAACUGCAGUUGGACCAUGGAUGCUCUGAUAGUCUCAUAUGGUCGGGUGGAGACUUGGAGCAGCAUGGCAAAAGGUGACUAAUCAAACUACACAGUUUCUACCUCUGUAUGAAUGGAACACUGGAAUGUGUAUGGGAAUCUCUGCAGAACAUGCGAAGUGUUUUCCUGUUUUGUUACCAUGGUUUCAAAUCUGAGUGUGAACACCAUACUCUCCACCUUAUACUGUAUGAGGUCUUCUGAAGCUAUCAGCACUAAAUGAUGGCAGGCAGCAUUUUGCUUCAGUUUCUGUUUUAUCAGGCCCUGGACUUCCUCUUACCUGUUGUUCUGUAUUUCCUUUCAUCUUUUGGGUCAGUGCUGACCUUAAAUUCCACCUUUGUGUGGUAUGCCCAGAGACAAAACAAUGAUAACCUGUGAGAAUGAGAGCACUCCAAUGUUUCUGUAUAAUGCACAGUAGUUUCUCACAGCAAGCUUAGAGCUGAAGAUCAGAUCCUGAUCUGUGAUAUGUAUGAAUAAAGUAUACAUGUCACUUGUCUUCAGAGGCUACCUCAUGACCACUGCACUUUCUCAGAACAUGAAAAUUGACCUGAACACUAACAGUUGCUUAAUUGUGAGGAGCCAUUUCCACUUGUGACUCAGAUUUACAAAAAUAUUUGGAAAAAAAAUUGAAGUGCACUAAGUGAAGCCUUUUUCUUAGUAUUAAGUGUUCCCAGCAAGAACAUGACAGACAUUUCCCAGCCCUAGAAUUCCAAUACUGCAAUUCAGAAAACUACAACCUAGCAAAACGACCACACCUUUUUUACUGAGGCACUUGCUUCCUGGGAGAUUAGACUAACAUCACCUCAUCAACAAAGAGAGUGCAGUGAGAGGUAUAGGGAGAGCUGGGAGAUACAAACUGUUACUAGUGUAUAUUAAAGAAGGAGUGAGAAAAGAGUAAAAAGGGGAGAUGGUUUUAUUUUUGAAAAUCUAGCAAAGGAUUAUUUUCUUAUUUUGAAUGUACUGUCACCUCAUAAAGCAUAUCUAGUCAUUAUGAUCCUCUAUUUAAAACAAGCUCUUUUCUCGUAUGAAAGUGAAAUAAACUUGUGAUUUUUAAUUUAAUGAAGAUAAACUGCUAUACUAUUUGGAUCUGACUACCAUUUACUGUUGAAGAUUUAUUUGUAACUUUAUUACAUUUAAGUAUUCAUUUCAAAUAAAACAAGACUGUACGAA